AACCACUCGUCAGUGCUGUUCAGACCUCUUGUUUCAUUUGACGGAUUCGUGUCGAGUGGAUAUUCAUAAUAAAUUCACUGAUGUGGGUUCUUCUUAUACUUGUACAUGCAUAUGUACAUGUGUGUCUAAUACAACAAUUAUUUUAUGCAUUUUUUCUGAAUAUACAUUAGUAUGUUAUAAACUAUUAUUAUGUUUGACUUUGACAACUUUAAUAGUGUUUUAGUAAAGAGGUUUUUAAUAGAUGUAAACACCAAUUACUUGCAUUAAACACAUUUCAUAAGUACACAUACCUCGAUUUGCAUUUUUGUGAAUUUCGAGGAUUAUUCUUUUCCAAGAGGAAAUUUACUUCUUCGAGGUUGUCAAGAAUUAUAACUACAACUGUUAUCUAUACAAAAGUGUGAAAAGUGUAGUGUGAUCUCGUUACUUCAAUAAAAUAAAGACACAAAAAUAACUAAAGCUUUGUGAAAUUACAGAAAUUAAUAACUCAUAAAUGAGGGCUUUAUGGAGUUCGGGCUAUAAGGCUCUGUGAAGAUGAUACGGGAGUGUCGAAACGCGUAGGAGAGACAAGAAAACAACUUAAACACUUCGCCUUUUUACUCCAUCGGCGGAAGCAGCUCCAACCCAGGAAAACAAAAAUUACAGAAUUACCUUUAAUGCGUUAAGUUGUAUGCCUCAUCUUGCGUAUGUCAGCAUCAGUAAUUAUAACAUUGCCAAACGACUCAGAUUCCUUUGCGGAGGAUCCAAAUACUGAGGACAGCGGUAAUCUUUUAACGGAACUGAAUGGAGUCGACUUGGUUAUGAGUCUCUCCCCAAAAAUAUCCCCUACAGCACCAAUACAAGCACACCAUCAACUGGAGCAACAAUUAUUAAAGCAUAAUAUUUCGGUGGGACCACCUCCACAUGCUGCUUCGGCAGCAGCAACUACAGGGGCUCAUCAUAAUAACUUUUCUAAUAUUUACCAUAUGCAAGGUUUACAUAAUCAGCAUCAUAGCACCAUAUUCAAUAGCAACCAUUCCACGCCAUUUAGUGUAACUGACAUAUUAAGUCCAAUUGAAGAAUCUUAUCGGAAACUGGAGUUAAAUUGCAGCCCUCCUUCGCCCUACAGAACGAAUUCCAGCGGAAGUAGUGUGACCUCGCCCAGUACCUUAGGAUCGGCAACCAUGGCUAAUCCGUACGCAAUGACUUCACUUUAUCAUAGCCCUGGGGUCCAAGGUUAUUGCGGCCCAGCAGAUAAUCUCUCUCUGGCUGGACACUAUUCAGAUAUGAGAGGUUCAGCCACUUGGUAUGGAUCUACAACUAAUGACCCCAGAUUUGCAAUAACGAGAUUAAUGGGUGGAUCAGCCUCUAGCUCGAUGGGACAUAUGGGAAAUAUGGGAGGCCUUGCUACUUGUAGUGUAUCGGAUUCAAAACCGUUACAAUUUCCAUUGACACAACGCAGAAAAAGAAGAGUGUUAUUUACGCAAGCACAGGUUUAUGAAUUAGAGAGACGUUUCAAGCAACAAAGGUACCUGUCAGCACCAGAAAGAGAGCACUUAGCCAGCCUCAUACACUUAACACCAACUCAGGUUAAAAUAUGGUUUCAAAAUCACAGGUAUAAAUGCAAAAGACAAGCAAAAGAAAAGGCAAUGGCAGAACAGAGUCAACAGAAUCAGACUGCUAGUUCACCUAGGCGCGUUGCCGUACCUGUACUGGUAAAGGAUGGAAAGCCGUGCGCCGGAAAUAACAGUGCUUCACAAUCGCAGCAAGUAAGUGCUGCUAGUAAUGCUCCAACUAACAGCAAUAACACCAAUGUAAACGAAAGCAAUGCGUCCACCGAAGUGAAUAACAGCAUUGCAAGUAGCUUAAGUCUUAUAACAGGAGAAACAAAUAACUCCCAUUCUCCAGAUACAUCAAAUUCACUAAUUGCCAGUUAUAAUGGGACGAUCGUAGGACAUAAUCAAAUACAGCAACAAUCUUGCAAUAAUUCUUUAAUGUCAAACAGUUUGGCAAUGGCAUAUCGCAACCAGAAUAAUUUUAUUUCAAACGGCCAUCAACAACAGUGUACAGGGUAUUUGCCUUUACAAGGCAGGGCGUGGUAAAAGGCUGCAGAGGAAGAAAAAAAUAAUUAUGAUAUAACAUACUUUUGCAUGUUUUCUUCAAUUCGGUUAGCCUGUUUAUGAGUAAUUUAAUUUAUGAGCAAGUUUAUUUUUAUAAAUCUUAUUACAUAAACAGAAAUUCGCAUGAAAAGAUUCAAAACUGAUUAAAUUUUGGUAAACUGCGUUUACUUAAUUUGGUCGUGUGAGCCAAAUCGCCUGUGUAAUUAAUCAUUAUUUAUUUUUUACUUAACAUAUCAGCAUAGCAGAAUCGAGAUAGACACAUGUAUUUAGAUAUACUAAACUAAUUAUAAUUAAAAGGAAUAUCGAUAUAGCAUUGUCUGAUAUUCCGUACAGCCGUCUGCACACUGAUCUAUAUCAGUAAAAAUAUAAAUACAUUG